AUGGAGCAUCUGAGGAAGGUCUUUGUCCUGCUCAAGGAACAUUCCCUACUUGCAAAACAAUCUAAGUGCAACUUUGGUGAAGAUAAGUUAAGAGGGUUUUUGGGUCCCAUGGGCUAUUAUAUAAGGUUUGUGAAGAACUAUGGGAGUAUUAGUCAACUCAUUACUGACCUCCUUAGGAAAGACUCAUUUUUGUGGAUUGAGGCAGCCUUUGAGAAACUCAAGAAAGCUAUGACCUCCACACUUGUGCUGGCAUUACCUAACGUCUCAAGGGAAUUUGUGGUCAAAUAA